CUCCGUUCUCCGCUGCUGAAGCGAAUGCGGGGAACCAGAUGCCCUACUGUGAGCGGCUGCCUGUGGAUAUCGUGGAUGCCAGAGCAGACUAGACCUAGUCGAGAGACAGAACCAUUCACACUCAGCCAAAGCGAAUAAAGGAGAGGGAGGCAGUGGGAGAGAAAAGGAGAGGAGGUUUUUACGCGUUGUCAGUGCGGUUUUCAGCUUCCAAAGAAGAGCUACUGUAGGGGAGGAGGACACGCAAUAUUGGGCAUCAGAAGAAAAGAAAAAAACCCGUUAUCCGUUCUGCUGCUGCUGCUCGUGGGCGCAUUCUCUGCUCCGUUUGGAAUACAAGGUGUCUGCAUGAGACUAUGGAGAUACGGAGUGGAUUUAUCAAAGAGCACUUCGACAGUUUAUGAACAAAACUGGACCUCUCUUUUUCUACGGCAUUUUGUCCCCCUUUUUCGUUGGGAUUGUGUUUUUUGUGUAUUUUUACCGUUUGCAUAUUUUCGUUUAUCUAUGGUCGUUUAUGAUUUCAUGUAAUCUUUUCCUUUUUUUUAAACUAUUUCGGUUUUUACUUUUCAUCGGUUUUGGAGAAGAGCUGGAUUGCCUCGUCGUGAAGAUUUGUGGAGAGAAGAUUCCGCGUCGCUCAUGUGAAUGAUAUUCUAUCUCCCCGACUGAGACGUGCCAUGGAUGGAAAACUUAAUUUGCAUCUACGAAACCGAUCCGGAAAUAUCCGUUACAUCGAAUAACUACUGCUAACAGCAAUCAGGACGAAUGACAUAGGAUGAACACUACUGGCGUGGUUUAUCUGUGUGUGCUGUCGUCCCUCCUCGGUGUGGCCUGGGCCGUGGCUGCUCUAGUUCCUCUAGCUCUAGCUCCUCUCUCUACCCUGGCCGCUACCUAUGGAGCUGCCAGGGGCAGCUCUCCCGGGGAGGCAGAGGGGGGCAGCCUCCCCUCCCCGUGCUCCAGCCUGGUAGCCGGGGUACUGUAUGGAUCUUUCUCUCUGAGGGAGCUGUUUCCGUCGCGCGUGCUGGGCUGUUCCUGGUCGUUGGAGAACCCCGAUCCCACCAAGUAUUCCCUCUAUCUCCGAUUCACCCGUCACCCCUCCAUCUGUCAAUCACACUCCCCCAUGCUCCUCCCCCUCGACCAUCAUCUAGCCAAUCAGAGCUGCCCGCUGGAUCUACAGAUGCCAACUCAGGACGUGAUAGACCUUUGCGGCAGCCAAUUAGAAUCAAAGGGACCUUAUUCAUUUCUGCAGUUUGACAAGAACUUUGUCCAGCUGUGCCUGUCGAGACUACCGUCACCUGACGAACCGCCUGUAACCCAGGAAACGCUAGAACUCCGGCUGGUCGAGGUUUUGCUAAUCAACAAUGAGAACUCCAGCCAGUUCACCUGUGGAGUACUCUGCCGAUGGUUUGAGGAGUGCCUGCGCAAUGGUCGUCAUGGAGACGGUGACGCUGCUGACGGUGACGGUUGCAGAGUUACGCAGACGGGGUGUGUGUGUCCUAACAACAAUGUUGUCGUGGCUCAGCCUGUACCACUUCUCCCAUCAACGCCCCAUAGUAACGGAUCGCUGUUACCUGAGGAAUGCUGCGUCACAGAGCUGCACCAUAACAAUGCCAUCGCCAUAGCCCCCAGGGACGUCAGGCAAGACCCCUACUCAGAACCAGAUGAUGAUGACCUGAAGGUGAAGACACAGAGACCCAGAUCAGCAGACCAGCCAGGUGUGUUUCAGGCACAGACAGGUGACCCUGCGGCAGAGGAGUGGUCUCAGUGGAGUGUGUGUUCGUUAACGUGUGGCCAGGGUUGGCAGGUGCGGACGCGCUCGUGUGUGUCCUCUCCCUACGGCACCCUGUGUAGCGGAGCCCUGAGAGAGACACGUAUGUGUAACAAUACAGCCACCUGCCCCGGUGACCCAGCACUGAGCUCAGUCCAUGGGCUGUGGGAGGAGUGGUCGUCAUGGAGCCUGUGUUCUGUCACGUGUGGGCGGGGCUCCAGGACCCGAACCAGGAACUGUGUGAGCGGAGGAGGGGCCAAGCUCUGUGGAGGGCCUGAGAAACAGACCAAACUCUGCAACAUAGCAGUGUGUCCUGUGGAGGGCCAGUGGUUGGACUGGGCUCCGUGGUCUAGGUGCAGUGUAACCUGUUCCACAGGGAGCCAGCAGAGACAGAGGAGGUGUAGUGCGUCGGUUCAAGUCUGGGCAGAGUGUAAGGGACCACACCAGGAGACCAGGGAGUGUACCAACCCAUCCUGUGGUGGUGGGGGUAACUGGGGCAGCUGGAACCACUGGAGUCUGUGCAGUAAGACGUGUGACUCAGGGUGGCAGCGUCGCUUCAGGAUGUGUGAGGGGACAGGGAUACAGGGUUACCCCUGUGACGGCUCUGGAGAGGAGGUCCGCUCCUGCAAUGACAGGAAGUGCCCCGCACCUCAUGAGAUCUGUAGAGAUGAGUACCUUGUAGCCAUGACCUGGAAAAGUGCCUCGGCUGGAGAAACAGUCUACAACAAGUGUCCGACUAACGCCACUGGAUCUGCUAGUCGUCGUUGUUUGCUGGACGCUAAUGGAGUUGCUUACUGGGGUCCUCCGAGCUUCGCCAGAUGCGUCUCGAUGGAAUUCAGAUAUUUACAUUUAUCUUUGCGAGAGCAUCUUGCGAAGGGUCAGAGGACCCUGGCUGGAGAGGGCAUGUCUCAGGUCGUGAGGAAUCUCCUGGAGCUCUUACAGAGGAGGAGCUAUUACAGCGGUGACCUCCUGUUCUCCACGGAGAUUCUCCGAAAUGUGACGGACACCUUCAAGAGAGCAACCUACAUCCCAGUACCCGACGACGCGCAGAAAUUCUUCCAGGUAGUCAGCUAUAUGUUGGACAUGGAAAACCUAGAGAAAUGGGAAGACGCUCACCGGGUUUCUCCUGGUGCAGCCCAUCUCAUGCGUAUCUUGGAGGACUUCAUCCAUCUGAUAGGAGAUGAUCAGAAACCCUUCCAGAGUUUCCUGGUGGUCACCAACAACCUCAUGAUAACGAUACAGCGAGAGCCUGUGACAGCGGUGUCCAGUGACAUCAACUUCCCCAUGAAGGGUAGGAGAGGCAUGAAGGACUGGGCUCGAUCCGCUGAAGACAAACUCUACAUCCCCAAAGAGGUCUUCACCCUCACCUCCGAUGAAACAGAAACACAGACUUCAUAUUUUGUCAUCGGAGCCAUCCUGUAUCGGACCUUAGGAGUCAUCCUACCUGCCCCCAGAGCCCCUGCUGUGAUCAACUCGAAGAUUCUGACGGUGACGGUCCGACCAGAACCCAAACCCAGUGAACCCAUGGUGGUGGUGGAGCUGUCCCCGCUGCUCAACGGCACAUCAGAUCCUCAGUGUGUUGUCUGGGACUAUGGGAACACGGAAGCUGGCGCUGAGAACUGGGACACAGAGGGCUGCCAAACACUCGCGUCUGCCGCCGUCCACACUAAAUGCCUGUGCAGCAGGAUCUCAACCUACGCUGUGCUAGCGCAACAAGCUAAAAACCCGGAAAUGGGUCCGUCCAGUAUGCCCUCUGUGCCCCUCAUGGUGGGCUGUGGGGUCUCCUGCAGCGCUCUGCUCAUCUUGUUGCUCAUCUAUGCUGCCUUCUGGAGGUAUAUUCGUUCGGAGAGGUCUAUCAUCUUGGUGAAUUUCUGUCUUUCCAUCCUGGCCUCCAACAUGUUGAUACUGGUUGGACAGUCCCAGACACUCGGCAAGGGCCUGUGUACUGUGACUGCUGCGUUCCUUCAUUUCUUCUUCUUGGCAUCGUUCUGCUGGGUACUGACGGAGGCGUGGCAGUCUUACCUGGCUGUGAUUGGCAAGAUGAGGACACGCCUCAUACGCAAACGCUUCCUGUGCCUGGGAUGGGGUCUCCCAGCCUUGGUGGUUGCUGUGUCAGUAGGUUUCACUAGAGCCAGAGGUUACGGUACACCCAGCUAUUGUUGGCUGUCCUUGGAAGGCGGGCUUCUCUACGCCUUUGUUGGCCCUGCAGCCGUCAUCGUAUUGGUGAACAUGCUGAUUGGUAUUGUGGUCUUCAACAAGCUCAUGUCUCGAGAUGGCAUCUCGGACAAGUCUAAAAAGCAGAGAGCUGGUCCACCGGUGGAGGCGUCGCGUAGCAGACUGCUCCUGAAAUGCUCCAAGUGUGGUGUGAUCUCAAGCACAGCUAUGUCCAGCUCUACUGCCAGCAGCGCCAUGGCGUCUCUGUGGAGUUCCUGUGUAGUUCUCCCUCUGCUGGCUCUGACUUGGAUGUCUGCUGUGUUGGCCAUUACCGACCGCCGCUCCACACUGUUCCAGGUCCUGUUUGCUGUCUUUGACUCUGUCCAGGGCUUCGUCAUCAUUACUGUGCACUGUGUCAUGCGCCGCGAGGUCCAGGACGCAGUGCGCUGUCGGAUGGGGGGAUGUAAAGACGACAGCGAGAACUCACCGGACUCGUGCAAGAACGGACAGGUGCAGAUUAUGAAGUGUCAGAAUGUGUCCAAUUGCGGGCAGCAGUGUGGAUCUCUGCGCUACAGCACUGGCACUGGAGCUUCUCCCUGUCCGUCAUCGUCAUGCCAACAACAGUCACCAUGCCCGCCACCGUUCCACCCUCACCAGGGCUGCCAACACGGCUGUUACCACAGCCUGCCCCACAACAACCAUAUGAACCAUGAGCACAUGAGCCACACCUUCAACCAUGCCCAUAACCAAGCUUACAACCACAACCACGGACAUAACCACAACCAGUACCCCAACAGCAAAUCAACGGACUUUGAAAAAGAUGUGGACCUGGCGUGUCAAACAGAGAGAGGACACCCAUUCAUCUUCAAGGAGGUGAACACCUGUAACCCGGCAACCAUCACCGGGACCCUCUCCCGAAUCUCCCUUGAUGAAGAGGACGACCCUAAACUGGCGACCCACCAGGAGGGGGGUCUAGGGGUCAACUUCAGCUCCCUCCCUGGAAACAUCCCCCCUCCUAACCUACUUGUCCAGGUGCCCCCGCUGGGUGUUCUGAACGAGCUGAGUGACACCCCUGUGAAGAAGGAGAUGAACAUGGAGCAGAAGAGGCAGCAGGGGAACCCAAGGAACACUGUGCCUGUCUACCUCUGCACCGAUAGCGGGAUGGGCUGGUCUCGACCGCCCCCUCCUCACAAUACCCAGGAUGGACCUAGCGGGGGAGGGGAGGGGGACUAUAUGGUGUUACCCCGUAGGACGGUCAGUCUAAAACCCCCUCCACCCCAGGGGCUGGGCCUGGGGCUGGGGAGCGAGGACAAGCCCCUGAACAUCGCAGUGGACGACCCGCCUUUCCCCCCGCCCCCCUCACCCAUGACCCUCCACCCGGCGGAGAGCGAGGCAUACCCGGCCGACUUCAUCUCACCCGGCGACCACAGCAUGAAUAUUGCAAUGAACACGAACCGCUCCUAUGGGACGCUCAAGCAGCUCCCCAUGCACGGGGGUCAUGGUCCCCAGGGCCACAUGCACGCUCCGGGCGGCCACGUGCACGGCCACGGGCACUCGCUGCAGCUGAAGCCGGCCCAGAGGCCGUCGGUGAGGCAGAUGCUAACAGGAGGGGGAGGCACCCGGACCCUGCCACGCAACCUGGGCAGCACCAACGCUAACGCCAGCCUCUCCGCUGGCUC